AUGCUGUUCGCAGCCUCGGCAAACUCGCUACUUCACCACCUCAUCAAUUCCAAAAAGUACCUCUUCAGCAGUCGCCCAGAGAAUGCAACGUUGACACGCUACUCCAUCGGAGUCGACUAUGGGCUGCUCGAUGAAGGCACAGUCGAUAUUCCUGCGGCUUGCAACACAACCGCAUUUGCAAGUAUGCGCUUGACUUCUGUGGCCCAGAAUUUUGGCAUUUGGGGUUCGGCUAGCACAGGAGCCUGCAGUGUGUUGUUUGCCCUGAGUACGGAUGGCUACACACAGUUGCGAUCGAAAGAGAUAGCCGGAGAUGUCCACUCGCUCGCGUGGGGAGCCAACGGGAGGAGCCUACAUGCACUCGACUCGCAUGCUUCUUCGACGACCGCAACAUCAAUUGCCAACUACCGGAUAACCGAAGACCCAAGCCUUGAAGAUGUACUCGCGACAGACGUUCUCGCUAAUGUGUCCGAUGCUUCACAAGUCGCGUUUCACCCAAGGGGCAACCGAUUCUACGUUGUAACGAAAGCUACGAACGAACUCAUAUCAGCAGAGUUGCAGGAAACCACGAAUACGACCAAGCUUCCGCUACCACCUUCGCGCUAUAGACUGCUUCCAUCGUCGCUUGAUGCGAGUCAGUUCCGUACAUCUUCACUCACGAUCACUGCGUCGAAGGAUACGCUUUGGACUCUGUCCCAAUCGACCAGGCAAGCUGUCGUUACCGUGUUCUCACUGAAUACAACGACAGGUGAGGUUAUCGAUGCUGUCGCAAGAGCGAGCUGGGCCGGCGCUGGAGAGGGUCAAAUUACAGCGGCCCCAUUCAGCAGCGGCAACGUGGUUGCUGUCACAAGUUCUCCUACUGGGUAUGUUACGCUUCUGGGUCUCGAUCGAGGGCUUGUAGAGAAUUCUAAGAGCAGCGAGAGCUUUGUUGGACACGAGUGGUUAAUGCGGAUGGACCUUGAAGUUGACAAUCAGGCGACAGCGGGCUCUGCUACCCCGAAGAUCAAAAGUUACGGUCGCACUGCACUCGAUGAGUUCAUCUCGAUGGGCGAAAGCGUUUGGGUUGACUAG